AAUGCAGCUCAGAUGCACCUUGGCAGGAAGCAGGAAAUGUAGAUGUUUGGGUGCAGCAGGGAGCCUGACGGAGCGCCCCUCGUGUGGGAGCACUGCCAGGGCAGCAUGAGAAAUCCCAGCCUUAUCACCCUGCUCUCUGCCCUGUCGCUGGCUGGAGGAUCUGUUGGGAAUGGCCCUGAAAAUGAUGGAUCAGGAGAUGGACCAUCGACAUUAUCCACUGUUCCAGUAACAUCUCCUCCUCCUGCUAUGGGUUCUUCAACCGUGAAUGAGACAGUACUUGUCACAACGAGCACUGAAAGCAGCUUUGAAACAGAAAGUACUUCAAGUAGUGAACCGAAUGCUGUGAAUGAUGAGGACAGUCUAGAAGCAGCAGAACAGUCUCUCUUGAUAUAUGUUGUCCCUGCCGUGCUUCUGGUCCUAAUGAUUUUAUUGGUCACAUUUUUUGUAAUACAUCACAAAAGGAAAAAGUCUAAGCAAGAUGAGCUGGGAAGUGAAAAUGUGAAAAGUCCUAUUUUUGAAGAAGACACGCCCUCUGUUAUGGAGAUAGAAAUGGAAGAGCUUGAUAAAUGGAUGAACAGCAUGAACAAAAAUGCUGACUGUGAAUGUUUGCCUACUGUAAGAGAAGAAGAAAAAGAAUCAAUUGCCAACCCAAGUGAUGGUGAAUCAUGAAGUCAGAACAGCAGAGAACUGGCUAAAGGGAAACAGCACACAAGCUAACCAUCCCCCAGAUAUUGGAAGAACUGGAUUUAAAUAUAAUUCAUCUCAAAAGACCAGACAAGCAAAUGCUUUGGUUGUGUCCUGCUAGAUGUGGUCUUCAGAAAGGAAACAUCACCAAGGGGAAGGAAAAAAAGAAAAGAAAUAAAGAGAAGCACUGUAGCAAGAUUAGAGACUGAUUUAAAUUCUUUCUGCAAUGACAUUCCUCACAAAUCAAGAGAAAUCUCCUCUUUUUCCCCCCCUAAAAGUUCCCAAAACAGUUCAGGAUUCUGUCUCAUUC